GCUGGGAGCAGCGGGCCGGAGAGCCACCAAUAUGCCAGGAGAGAUGGACAAGCCGCUGAUCAGCCGUCGCCUGGUGGACAGUGAUGGCAGCCUUGCCGAGGCUGCCAGUGGGGCCCCCAAAGUGGGCAUCCUGGGCACUGGGGACUUUGCCCGGUCCCUGGCCACACGCCUGGUGCGCUCUGGUUUCAGCGUGGUGGUGGGAAGCCGCAACCCCAAACGCACGGUUGGGCUGUUCCCCUCGGCAGCACAAGUGGUGUUCCAGGCGGAGGCGGUAGACUCCUCUGAGGUCAUCUUUGUGGCCGUGUUCCGGGAACACUACUCCUCGCUGUGUGGGCUCAGCAGCCAGCUAGCCGGCAAGAUCUUGGUGGACGUAAGCAACCCCGCAGAGCAGGAGCACCUUCAGCACCGUGAGUCCAAUGCCGAGUACCUGGCCGCCCUCUUCCCCACCUGCACAGUGGUCAAGGCCUUCAAUGUCAUCUCCGCCUGGACCCUGCAGGCUGGCCCAAGGGAUGGGAACAGGCAGGUGCCCAUCUGCAGUGACCAGCCAGAAGCCAAGCGCGUCGUCUCAGAGCUGGCGCACGCCAUGGGCUUCAUGCCCGUGGACGUGGGGUCCCUGGCCGCGGCCCGGGAGGUGGAGGCCAGGCCUCUGCACCUCUUCCCAAGCUGGAAGGUGCCUGUCAUCCUGGCCCUGGGGCUCUUCACCUUCUUCUACGCCUACAACUUCGUCCGGGAUGUGCUGCAGCCCUACGUGCAGGAGGGCAAGAGCAAGUUCUACAAGCUCCCCCUGUCCGUGGUCAACACGUCGCUGCCGUGCGUGGCCUACGUGCUGCUGUCGCUGGUCUACCUGCCCGGCGUCCUGGCGGCCGCGCUGCAGCUGUGGCGCGGCACCAAGUACCGCCGCUUCCCCGACUGGCUGGACCACUGGCUGCGGCACCGCAAGCAGAUCGGCCUCCUCAGCUUCUUCUGCGCCGCCCUGCACGCCCUCUACAGCGUCUGUCUGCCGGUGCGCGUCUCCUACCGCUACGACCUCGUCAACCUCGCCGUCAAGCAGGUCUUGACCAACAAGAGUCACCUCUGGGUUGAAGAGAAUGUCUGGCGGAUGGAGAUCUACCUCUCCCUGGGAGUGCUGGCCCUCGGCACGCUGUCCCUGCUGGCCGUCACCUCCCUGCCGUCCAUUGCAAACUCGCUCAACUGGAGGGAGUUCAGCUUUGUUCAGUCCACUCUGGGUUUCGUGGCCUUGGUGCUGAGCACCCUGCACACGCUCACCUACGGCUGGAACCGCGCCUUCGAGGAAAGCCACUACAAGUUCUACCUGCCUCCCACCUUCACGCUCACCCUGCUGGUGCCCUGCGUCGUCAUCCUGGCCAAAGCCCUGUUCCUCCUGCCCUGCUUAAGCCGCAGACUCUCCAAGAUCCGGAGGGGCUGGGAGAAGGACAGCGCCGUCAAGUUCAUGCUGCCCAUGGACCAUGCCCUGGGCCAGAAGACGAGCCACUUGUGAGGACUCGCAGCUGGCUCCGGAAACCAGCCGCGGCAGGACAGCUUUCCUGGUACGGUGUAACUGCACAAAUCGAUGGUUUGAGGCUCGGAUUCCUGGGACGCAAAUGUAUUUAGUAAUAUUCAGAAUGACACACGCGUGUGUGUGAUAUGUAGGUUCAUAUAUAUUUCAUAUGUAUAACAGGGUUUGCAAUUAUACUUCCUAGCUAAAAUAUUCAGGCCCUGAGAUGUCAACCUGCAGAUCUAAAAGCGAGUGCCAGGUGUUAGGAGAACAGCGGCUCCACUGGCGUUUGCAGAGAUGCACACACACUUUCAGCCCAGGAAAGGCCAUGAGGGGCUUGUCCUUGGUGGAGGCGACCCAUUUGUGCCUCGCACCCCUCUUUGCUGCUUUCCCAAGGCGUUUACAGAGCUGGGCUCUAAGGUGGCAGGGCAGACAGGGCUGGGGUGGGGGGAUCCUGGUGUCUGUGCUUUGGGAACCAAUUGAGGGCCUUCCUUUGCCAGGUGGGGAAGGGGAAGGAGGAAGGUUGGGCUGAACGGCUCCCCCUAAUCUGCCCUGAGCUGGGAGAUUUUCCCUCAAAGCCAGGCGUUGCCACUACACUGAGGAUGGAUCCUCCUGUGGGCGUGGGAAGGCACCGCCCUCCUGGCGGCACUAAUCGGCCAUGUCUUGGGAACAAGUGGAAUGUCUUUCCUCCUUUAAGCUGGUGAUGACCGGUCCUUGGACCACGGUGCCUUCUCCCUUUAGAUCAUCAGCUUGAGUGUCUGCAGGGAGCCUGGAGCAGGCCCCGCCACGUCCCUCCGUGCAUGGGGAGGUGACCUAGGCUUGCUCAGCAUGGCAGCCUCUCUCAGGAACCCCCACCCCACCCCCCGCAGGGCUGCAGGGCUGAACUGGCCCUGUGGGAAACACAGGGGUCUCUUCCAAUGCCCUCUGCUGCCCCGGGGCACAGAGCCUGCCUCUGAGCACCCAGAAAGUUCCAAGUUCCUCUUAAAGGAGCGGUACAUUUCAAAACAGCUGGGGCGUUUUUUCCACCAAAGCUACAAACUUGAAAUUUGCUGCCACAAAGCAUAAGAGGCUGGACCACAGCCAGGGCCACAGGACAUGUGCCCUUGAGUCAUAUGCCAUCCCUGCCUGAUUCACCCUGAAACUGUGUUUACUUCCCCUGUGAACACACAGUUCUCCCUGAGCCCGAGCCCCCCUCCCCCCCACCCACCCCCACCCCCGCUCCUGGCAGAGCCAAGGUGUCUGUCAUUUCCACACAAAGCCCCUGAGACACAGGGCGGGAGCUCCUGACGAGACCAGACCUCAGGGAGACGCACUGCGCUCCUCUCCGAGCAGGGAGUGGGGUCACACCUAUGUUGCUUAGGUCUCCUGGGCCAGAGGGCAUCUCAGGAUGGAAGAGUCCAGGUACAAAGGCUGAGCAGGCAGCGCUGCCGGGAGAGGGCGCCCUGCCUCCCCGGGGAGGCUCCGUGACCUCAUGUCUGGAGCUCAUUGGGUCCUUAGUGAAAAGGGGGAAAAAGACAAGUGCAAGACA